CAUCAGAUUUUCGCGAGAGCGUCGGGAGUGGCGCAAGUCCCUCGCGCGCGCACACCACCGCGAUGACCCGUCGUCGACCCGGACGCUCCCUUCCGCUCCACUCGCGCUGUCUGACCGCGAAGCGCGAAUCGGCUGCGACGAGUGACGCACGUAAAUGACGAUUACAUAUCUACAACACCGUAGCGCGCUGUAUAAAUUAUACCACGCGAUAAUUACAACGAACGAGACGCGGAAACGUGGCGUCCACGAUCGCUCGCAUAGCGAAUUCAAUUCUGUCGAGCGCACACCACCUUGGCGAUUACUAUAAAGGCUGCCGUGCAUGAAGUAAUUUGAGUUCUGCGUAAUUCCCGAAGCGACAGAAUCGACGAAUUUUAUGCAAAUAAAAAGAUGAGUGCCACAUAAGAAAUCAAGGAGAUAUGACCGACGAACGUUGUCUCGGUUGUCUCUACAAUCGUGAUUGCUCUACGUAACCUCAUAUAAUCUCGAGAGGCCGUGCUGACAUUUCUUCCACCUUCGGCGGGAAUCUCGAAAUAUUCAUGCCCUCUCUUAGAUCGAUCUGAAAAUGCCACCGAAUAUUUUAAAGAGCAGCUUGGAGUAUGCUUCAUUCAGCAUUAUAUUUCAGAUAUUCUGUCGCUGCGUUACAUUUGUCCUGAACGCAUUUGUUGUCAGACAUGUAGGCCAGGCGAUCCUUGGUGUGAUUAAUGUGAGACUACUGUUACUGGAAUCUAUGAUUUUGUUCUUGUCACGCGAACCAUUUGUGAAAGCAUGCCUGACUAAUACAGCAGAGCAUAAUUGGGCUCAAGUUGUGAAUCUACUUUGGUUGACAGUACCGAUAUGUGCUGUGAUGUCCUUCUUAUUUGGAUAUAUUUGGUUAUUUAUGCUCUCCACUGAAGAAGCAUUACCAUCGUAUUAUACAUUUGCAGUUUGGGCAGUUGGACUAUCAUGUAUCAUAGAACUGUCUUCCUUAGUCAUUCAAUUAGCUGCAAAUGCAUUUCUAUUCGUUAAACUUAAAAUAAUUUUGGAUACAAUCAUGAUCGUCAUUCGCACUAUGACAUUCGUCCCGCUGAUAGUAUAUCAUCCGGAGAACGCGUUAUUCGCAUUUGGUGUUGCUCAGCUUGUCGCGGCAAUAUUUUACACAAUUAGUCAUUAUGCAUACUUUCACUAUUAUAUCGAGAAACUGAACAAAUGCUCGCAGAAACGGCGAAUGUCUUUGAAAGAUAGUAAUGACGAAUAUAUAAUAAAGGAGUUUCCCUUUCACGCUGUGAAAGAUUUUUUACCUGGACAAUUAGAAAAUAACGAUUCCUAUCUUGAUAGGAAAUUAACUAUUCUCACAUGGAGCUUCUUUAGGCAAGGAAUACUAAAGCAGAUCCUGACGGAAGGUGAAAGAUUGAUUAUGACUAUAAUGCCAGUAUUGACGUUCACAGAACAGGGUGUUUAUGAAAUUGUAAAUAAUAUGGGUUCGUUAGCUGCUAGAUUUAUUUUCCGUCCAAUCGAAGAUAGCGGAUAUUUUUACUUCACGCAGAUGGUGAAAAGAGACAAAGCAAUAUCUGAUCAAAAUCCAGUGAAGAUACAAGAGAGCGUAAAUGUGUUGACACAUUUGUGUUCCAUUGUUACAUCUAUCGGUCUGAUUGUUCUAAUAUUCGGUCAAUUUUACUCGAGCAUGUUGCUUGAGCUGUACGGCGGCUCGAAACUGACCUCACCUUUACCAGUUUUUCUGCUAAGGGCACAUUGUCUCGCCGUGUUACUGUUGGGAAUUAAUGGCGUGACAGAAUGCUACACUAACGCGACAGCUGACAGCGCGACCAUAAACAAGAGCAAUGUGAUCAUGAUUUUCGAAUCGAUCGCGUUUUUAGGCGCAUCAUAUCUAUUUGCUACCUGGUUUGGCCCGGUCGGCUUUAUAUUUGGCAACUGCAUGAACAUGAUCUUGAGAAUCAUAUAUUCGAUGAUGUUCAUCAAUAGGAGACAUCAAGAUACGAUUUAUCGCCCAUUGCGCGGAUUAGUACCAAAGCCCAUGUUUUCCACGUGUUUACUUGUCGCAGCAUUCGUUACUAGUCUGUCACAUAGUUAUUUCUUCCCGGAUGAAAAAGUACGCCAUCUGUUGAUUGGUAUAAUAAUGUUUAUGAUUGUACUUAUAUCAUGGACAUAUGAAAAUUAUGAAUUGAUCAAGCUCGCUACGAGCAAAUGGUAUGAAAAAAGAGACAAACAAAAAAAGAGCGACUGA